AAAAGAGAAAAGAAAAGAAAAAUUCAAAAUGAUCUCGAAUGACGUGGUUUGUAGAUCUCAAACGUUGUCGUUGUGCAAAACCCUUCCUCUUAUCAACAACAUCAACUCCUCUUUUUCUUUUAGACGAAGUAGUCUUCCUAUCAAGCCUUUUAAAACUCGUGUGCAAUUGAAAAUUACAUCAUCUGAAUUAAAAUGGGAAAAAGAGAGGAAUGAGACUGAAGAGAAAGUUGAUAUAAACAAAGACAACAUCAACCAUAACGUAGAGGAGUUUCUUCUUGGCUCUGAAGAAGAUGAAGCCAUGGUUCCAUCUCAACAGUUUUGUCUCAAAGCCCAUAUUCCCAACACUCAAAAGUACAUGGAUAUGUAUAAAAGAUCCAUAGAAGAACCUUCAGAAUUUUGGUCUGAAAUUGCAUCAUCUGAGUUCUAUUGGAAAAAGGAGUGGGAUCACAAUCAAGCCUUCAAUGAGAAUCUUGAUAUUACCAAAGGCAAUAUUAAUAUUGAGUGGUUCAAGGGUGGGAUAACAAAUAUUUGCUACAAUUGCAUAGAUAGAAACAUUGAAGCAGGAUUGGGAGAUAAAAUUGCAAUGUAUUGGGAAGGAAAUGAACCUGGUGUUCAAGCUUCUUUAACCUAUACCAAUCUCCUUCACCAAGUUUCCCAAGUUGGUAAUUAUUUGAGAGACAUUGGAGUUAAAAAAGGAGAUACUAUUGUCAUUUACUUGCCUAUGAUUAUGGAACUUCCCAUAGCAAUGUUGGCUUGUGCUCGCAUUGGUGCCAUCCACUCUGUUGUAUUUGCUGGAUUUUCUUCUGAAUCACUUGCACAAAGAAUAAUUGAUUGCAAACCAAAAGUGUUGAUGACUUGCAACGCUGCAAAAAGAGGUUCUAAAACCAUAUUUCUUAAACACAUUGUUGAUGCUGCCCUCAUUCAAUCAGCCAAUCAUGCCCAUUCUAUUGAUUCAUGUUUGGUUUAUGAAAAUAAAUCAACCUUGAAGAGAGAAAACACUCCAUGGAAAGAAGGAAGAGAUGUAUGGUGGCAGGAUGUUAUUCCUAAAUAUUCAAAGAGUACUUGUAAUGUGGAAUGGGUUGAUGCUGAAGAUCCUCUUUUUUUGCUUUACACAAGUGGUAGUGCUGGAAAACCUAAGGGUGUACUUCAUACAACAGGUGGAUAUAUGGUGUACGUUGGAACCACUUUCAAAUAUGUCUUUGAUUUUAAACCGUCUGAUAUUUAUUGGUCUACGGCUGAUUGUGGUUGGGGUGCGGGACAUGGCUACGUAACAUAUGGACCACUGCUUAAUGCAGCCACAAUUGUUAUUCAUGAAGGGGUUGCAAAUUAUCCAAAUUCAGGGAGGUGUUGGGAAAUAGUGGAUAAAUACAAAGUCUCCGUUUUCUUCACUGCUCCCACUUUGAUCCGCUCUCUUAUGCGUGAUGGCGAUCAGCAUGUUAGGCGUUACUCACGAACAUCUCUACGGGUACUUGGAAGUGCAGGCGAACCCAUCAAUCCCACAGCAUGGAGAUGGUUCUACAAGGUGGUUGGUGACUCUCGAUGUCCUAUUUCAGACACGUGGUGGCAAACGGAGACCGGCGCCGCCAUGAUUACUCCAAUUCCGGGGGCAUGGCCACUGAAGCCUGGUUCUGCUACUUUCCCAUUUUUUGGAGUCAAGGCAGUAAUAGUGGAUGAAGAGGGAAAGGAAAUAGAAGGAGAAGGCAAUGGGUAUUUAUGUAUAAAAGGGUCAUGGCCAGGAGCAUUGAGGACACUUUAUGGAGAUCAUGAAAGAUAUGAAACCACAUAUUUCAAGCAAUUUCCAGGAUAUUAUUUCACUGGUGAUGGUUGUAUCAGGGAUAAAGAUGGAUACUUCUGGAUUACUGGACGAGUUGACGAUGUUCUCAAUGUUAGUGGACAUCGAAUUGGGACAGCAGAAGUGGAAUCUGCAUUAGUUUCACACUCUCAUUGUGCAGAAGCUGCAGUAAUUGGCAUUGAUCAUGAGGUUAAAGGGCAGAGUAUUCAUGCAUUUGUUACGUUAGUCGAGGGAGUUCCUCAAAGUGAAGAGCUCCGAGAAAGCCUAAAACAAACAAUUCGAACACAGAUUGGAGCAUUUGCAGCACCUGAUAAAAUACAUUGGGCAAAUGAGUUGCCAAAAACAAGAAGUGGAAAGAUAUUGAGAAGAGUUUUGAGAAAAAUUGCAUCCAAACAGUUGGAUGAGAUUGGAGAUACCUCAACACUUGCAGAUCCUACUGUCUUAGAUCAACUUAUUGCACAAAUUGAUUCUUGAAACCUCAAAGAACUAGAAAAACUAACAAAAAACCAAAAACAAAAAGAAUGAAGAAGUGACCUACAAAUAAAAAGCCUUCAAUGCAGUGGCCAACUUAGUUUACGAAUCAAUUUUGUUCUUUUGAAAAUUAGUUUGAUCUUGUACUUGGUCCAGGGCUUGUUUGGGAGGGAGAAAGAUAUAUCCAAUUGUCACCUACAUGUAAAAGAAAAUUUGGCAGAGUAUUUUAUUGGAAUGGAAUAGAUGCUUCUACAGUAGAGAUCA